UACUAAACCCAAUGAACGUGUGGUAUUGCCCAGUCGUGGCGCCGCUAACUCAUCGUCUCGACGCGAACGUCUGUCACUAUCACAUAAGUCCCCACGUGAGACAGUCCACGGAAACUUAAACCCGUUCUCACAACGCGAUGUUGUUUCUUAAUGCUACCUAAUUCGAGAUCGUAAAACUUGUUGGACAGUUUUAUAACCUUAGUCACGUGCCAGCGUUUAGUGUUGUGUUUAUUGGUCUAUUAGUGUCCCAAUGAAUUUAUGACUUGACUGUUUUUUUGUGUAUAAUUGGCGCUAUGUAAUUAGUUAUCAGAACUAUAAACUGAAAAAUUAACAGAAACUAGUUAAAAUGAGUUCUUAUCAAUUCGUGAAUUCGUUAGCGCAGUGCUAUGGACAACAAGCCAGGUCUGGUGAACAAGCUCAUCAAAGCACUACUCCAGGAGGUGAUUAUUACAAUCCGAAUGCAGCGGCGGCUACGAGUUAUCCUCCAGCUUGUUAUUCACCACCGCAAGUUGGACCGCAAUAUCCUCCUCAUCCUUAUGCAGCACCGGCACCGGGUCAUAAUCUCCAGCCAACCAUGGGAGACUAUACACAACUACAACCUCAAAGAAUUCCAGGAGGUAACAACACACACAUGCACCAUGCCAGUCCUGGCGGACAAAGUCCUGGAAUGUUAAAUCCUUCGGCAGCAAGUUGUAAGUACGCUGACUCGACUUCUUCAACCGGUGUUGCUUCUCCGCAGGAUCUUAGUACGAGUGGCCCACCGACAAGAGCCACUCCACCUCUAACUAUCACUCAAACGAGCAACAAUUCAAAUGCAACCAUUACAUCAAAAAGUUCGGGUUUGACAUCACCUUUAUCAGUAAGUACAUCUCCUAGUGGAAAGCCAGCAACAGGCUCGUCGACCGCCUCUCAAAAUCUAUCAUCUCCUGCGUCAAGUACUAGUUCUACUUCGAGUAACGAAAAAUCAGGAUCGAACAACAAUAGUAAAAGCGGAUCGUCUUCAAAUCCACCACAAAUUUAUCCAUGGAUGAAGCGAGUUCAUCUAGGUCAAAGUACUGUAAACGCAAAUGGUGAAACCAAACGUCAAAGAACAUCAUAUACUAGGUACCAAACUCUGGAGUUGGAAAAAGAAUUCCAUUUUAACCGCUACCUGACGAGGCGAAGAAGAAUCGAAAUUGCGCACGCGCUGUGUUUGACAGAACGACAAAUCAAAAUUUGGUUCCAAAAUCGGCGGAUGAAAUGGAAAAAAGAACACAAGAUGGCCAGUAUGAAUAUCGUUCCUUAUCACAUGUCCCCAUACGGUCACCCUUAUCAGUUUGACCUGCAUCCUAGUCAGUUUGCCCAUCUUGCAACUUAGGAUGUUUUUUGAAUGUGAUUCUGUUGUUAUAUAGAUUUCCACCUGGCUUCCCUCCAGGACGAAGGAUAUGCAUUCCACCAGGCCAUGGGGAUGGGGGGUAUGGGAGGUAUGCAGCGUGGUCUCUACGCUUGCGGCAGUCCCUACAGCUAGCCCUGGGCCACCUAUAAUGGAGACUGCGGCCCUUCGUAGGGCGAAAUCGGAUCUUGGGGCAGUCUUCGAGUCGUGGUAACACUGUGGAUCACGUUAUGGAGUAACCGGGACAGGUCUGUUAAAGUGAG